CUGUGGACACACACUUCGAACGUUCACUUAGAACGUGCGGACACGGACCGGAGGAGCAGCGCAAAAAGAAGAAACUAUUAAAUAGACAAUCUGGAGUGCUGCUCAGGAGAGAAAGAAAAGUCCAUAAUGUCACUGAGUGGCGUGUGGUCUGAUGGUUCUGUGGGGUUUAAAGGCGAUGACCUCGCUCACAGCAGCAAUGGUUUGGUGACAAUGGAUGACCGCCUCACUAACCUGGGGUGGCUCCAGGAGUUCACAAUCAGUGUCAAUAGGGCCCAAAAGACUUCAUCUCACCAAAAUCAAAUCCAUCUCUGUGAGCACCAGAAGAUGGUGAGCUCUGAUGUCACUCCGUUACCCACAGCACAGGACCCAGUAUCAAUGGACACACCUCGAAGCCCUGGCUUUUCCACAUCCAUGGCUUUGAAAAAGGGCAUCUCCUCCUCUUCCCUCCCCAGCCUGGUUACUCAUGGCCACUGCCCCCAGGAAGUUGAUUACAAAACUAACCCAAACGUAAGGCCACCAUAUUCUUAUGCCACCUUGAUUUGCAUGGCUAUGCAGGCCAGUAAAAGCUCCAAGAUCACACUGUCAUACAUCUACGAGUGGAUCAAGGAAAACUUUUGCUACUUUCGCCAUGUGGGCCCCUCCUGGCAGAACUCAAUCCGACACAGCCUCUCAGUGAACAAGUGCUUCAUAAAAGUUCCACGGCAGAAGGGUGGACCAGAAAAACGGGGCUUCUGGACAAUUGAUCCCCGGAAUGCUGACCAGCUGCUGCGUGAUGCAUACAAGAAGACUCGAAUGCCCUCCGUGAAGAUCAACCCUGCUUUCCAGGCUUUGGUGAAGCCAUCACCCAUUGCCCACUCGGGGUUCCCUCCUGCUGUGGAAGGGGUCGUGUCCGUCAGUCCAGAGUCUAAGAACAUGUGGCAGGAGUUCAGACAGGUCACAGGGGCAGAUCAGAACUGGGAUCCAUCCAAAAUCAAGAGAGCUGUGCCCAGAUCAGGGAAGAGAUGCAACUUUAAGAGGAAGCGAGCAAAUCAGAACAGGAUGAUACCAGCAAAAAUGUCUCGCCACUUCAGCUCCCCAUUGCUGUCCUUUGAUGAACAGGAGAGCCAGGGCCCUCUGAAAGAUAGUACCAACUGGGUUGUCACGUUGGAAAAUGACCAGGACCAGGCAGUACACAAUACGCACAUCAGCUGUCUGCAGCAGAGGAGCCCUUCAGAGGUUAGUGAAGACAGCGAAGGCACUCACAUUAUGCCCUUGACCCAAGAAAAUAUCUUGGACUUGGACAACAACCCAGCCACUGCAGAUAUCACUCAGCAGGAUGAUUGCAUAACCCCAGGCAGCAUAAAACAACUGAGCCCCAUAGACAGCAACCAGGAUCUGGCAGUACACGCCACGCAAACUGGUCAUCCACAGCAGCAGAACCCCACAGAGGCCAGAGCUGACAGCGAGGGGGCCCACCUUUUCUUUCAAACCCUGGAAGAAUUCUGGGACAAUGAUGUCAAGGCCUUCAGGGCCGCUGCAGACUCCACCUGGCAGGAUGACUGCGAAACCCUACUGGACUUAAUUGAGGAGCUGAUCCCAGAGAGCACUGUCCAACUGAGCAUCAUACAGGACAAUCCGGAUCUGGCAGUGAACACCGUAGACAAUGGGCGUUCACAGCAGCAGAGCCCCAUGGAGGUCAUCAGGCAUAGUGAGGGCGCCUACUUUUUCCCACAGCCCAAAGAUGAAACCUGGGACUUUAAUGUGAAAACCUUUCUGUCCUCUGCAGAUACCACCUGGCAGGAUGGCUGCGAUGCCCUACUGAACUCAAUUGGAGAGCUGAAUCCGGGAAGCACUGUGCAGCUGAGCUCCAUAGAGGACUGUCAGGACCUGGGUGUGAACACCAUGCACACUGGCCCUCCACAGCAGCAGAGCCUUGGAGAGGCCAGAGUGGACAGUGAGGAUGACCACUUUUUCUCCCAACCCCAAGAAGAAACCUGGGAAUUUAAUGUGAAAACCUUUCUGACCUCUACAGACCACACCUGGCAGGAUGAUUGGGAUACUCUGCUAACUGGGGAGCUGAGUCUGGACAGCAACAGCAAAUUGAGUCCCACCUGGCAGCUGUGUGGAUGUUGAUUGCGUGCACUGGUACUGAGCUCCACUGUGUGAUGCUACCUACCAUCAACUUUCUGUGUCCUUACGUUUUUUGACAAUGAAUAAAAGCAAAGACUGACUAAUAUAAGGGA